UGAGAGUGAACAGUAGCGUGUCGCUAUGGCAUGCGCGCUGCGCCCUUGUGGUGGUGGCUCUCCGGUGUUCAGCGACGCAGGGGAGGCGAAGUGUUCGAUGAAAAGUUGCGUGAUGCCUGCUCGACACUCGGGGGCAAUAGGAGGGGUGCGUGCAUGUUCGAGAGAGGGAGAGUGGCGCUGGCAGGCCGGGGUCGGCGGGAGAGAUCGAGAGAUCAGGGUGCUGGCGGUGGGGAUGAACGGUACAUGUAUAAGGCGGUAUGCGAUGCGUUGCGAUAACGCAUGUUCUAUUCCUGGGAGGCUUGGCGGGUGGCGCGCGUUCGUAUGUUUCUGUAGAGGGCGCGUCGGCGACGGCAGCCCACCGAUGGGCGACAGCAUGGCGGCGAUGUUCGCGCACGCCUCGCCGCCGCCGAGCCAGCGGACGUUUGGUGGCUGCGGUGGCUGCUGCCGGCUGUGACAAUGUGGCUGCCCGGUGGCCGUUGCGUCACGGGCCACGGCUGUCACGGUGGAGCAGACCCUGCGCCGUUUCAGCUGACGUCCCCGCCACCAUGAGUGCGUUCAGAUUCAGAUUCCACCGCUCGACCACUCGGGCCCUGCCGAAGGCCAUCUAUCUUAGCAGCGCACCAACGGCGGCUGCUUGUAAGCAGGGUGCAUGCGCCGUGUCAGAGCAGACAGCGCGGAGGAGUCAGGACCUAGCGGGCGACGGAGGGGCGACGUCGCGGCCGGACGCGCGAGCGGUGUGCAGUGGAAGGCCAAGGCGGACAGCGCCUGUCGGCCGGUACCCGGUGCACACGGGCCACGCAGCCGGAAUGAUCUGUGGGCGUGAGCGAUGGCCGCCAAACAGAGGUGGGAGUGCACGAUGGAGCUCUGCAACCGGAGAACGCACCCUCUUUUCAGAGGUAGCCACCCUCGCCCACCUAAAAGCUAAUCGGCCUCGGGUCCUGUCCUCCCAUAUCCUACUCGCCCCGGCCCAGUGGGCUAGUCCCACUCGUCCGCCCUCCCGUCUGCCCUCUCUCCGUGCUCCGAUCCGCGUCGUCCGCCGUCCGCGACACGCCACGCCACGCACAAUGCUGGCCAACGUCACGUACUCUGACCAGCCCCACAUCGAUCCGUUCGUCCUCUACGCCCAGUCACUCCACGACUAUACCCUCCGUCUCUGGACCGAAUCGCGCCGUGUCGCAGAGGAAAAGGCCCGCGCUAGAGCAGCAGAGAUUGCAUUGGCCAGGAAGCGGGAAGAGGAGAGGCAGAGGCACAAGAAAGUGGGCACCCACCCCGCCGUACAGUCGGCCAACAACUCCGUAUAAGGGCCCUCCGCCUGGGGCCCUUCCGCUCUGGAGAGCGCGAUCCACCUACCUCAUCCCCAAUCGACUUGACCCUUGAUGACAACUUGUCGACGGUCGACACGCGCAUACCAUCAAACAACCACGACGCCCACUCGGUGUGAUACACACCGCCUCGCCUGCCGCCGAUGUCGGCCGCAGCGAACCUCAUACAC